UCUUACUGCAGUCAGGCGUCUCCAUCUUUUCAGCUCUGAGCGUAUAUAUAAUGCUGGAAUGAUGGGUGAGGACUGAGGAGGGGAGUCCAAGAAGAAUGGACCCUGUUGUUGUUGCAGAGUAGCCCAGAAGAAUCCUCCUCUAUUCUGCUUCCCUUCACCGUUUCUUUUUUCUCCCUCCCUCUGUUCUUCGUAUUUCUCUCCCUCCACUUAGUUUGGAUUUCUAGGAGACUCUCACUCUCAGUAAGAAAGCGAAAUGGAAACCACCUUGUUUUCCAAGUUGUUCGUGUUCUUCUUGGUUCUGUCUGUGAGUUUCCAGUGGAUACUAUGCACUGUAACUUAUGAUAGGAAAGCUAUUAUCAUUAAUGGUCAGAGGAGAAUCCUCAUCUCGGGCUCCAUACAUUACCCACGAAGCACCCCUGAAAUGUGGGAAGAUCUUAUACAGAAAGCUAAAGAGGGAGGGUUGGAUGUUAUACAGACCUACGUCUUUUGGAACGUGCACGAACCAUCUCCUGGCAAUUACAACUUCGAAGGAAGAUACGAUCUGGUUCGGUUCAUAAAGACGGUACAGAAAGCAGGGCUAUACGUUCAUCUCCGCAUUGGGCCUUAUAUUUGCGGAGAGUGGAAUUUUGGAGGAUUUCCAGUUUGGCUGAAAUAUGUUCCAGGCAUCAGCUUCAGAACAGAUAACGAGCCUUUUAAGAUGGCAAUGCAAGGUUUCACGCAGAAGAUUGUAGAAAUGAUGAAGAGUGAAAUGUUGUUUGAGUCCCAGGGUGGCCCUAUCAUUCUUUCUCAGAUUGAGAACGAGUAUGGGACAGAAAGUAAAGCAUUUGGAGCUGCUGGUCAUGCGUACAUGACCUGGGCUGCAAAUAUGGCUAUUGGAUUGGGUACUGGGGUCCCAUGGGUUAUGUGUAAAGAGGGAGAUGCCCCGGAUCCGGUGAUAAAUGCUUGCAAUGGUUUUUACUGCGAUGCUUUUCAUCCUAACAAACCUUACAAGCCUGCAAUGUGGACUGAGGCUUGGAGUGGCUGGUUUACAGAGUUUGGUGGCACAGUUCACCAAAGGCCAGUUCAAGAUUUGGCAUUUGCAGUUGCUCGCUUCAUACAAAAUGGAGGCUCCUUUGUUAAUUACUACAUGUACCAUGGAGGAACCAACUUUGGACGCACUGCUGGAGGCCCUUUCAUCACUACCAGCUAUGAUUAUGAUGCUCCAAUUGAUGAAUAUGGUUUAAUCAGGCAACCAAAAUAUGGACAUUUGAAGGAGCUUCACAGGGCUAUUAAGCUGUGUGAGCGAUCUUUAGUUUCAUCUGAUCCCACUAUUACCUCAUUAGGAAGCUAUCAACAGGCUCAUGUGUUCUCUUCUGAGUCGGGAGAUUGUGCAGCUUUUAUUGCAAACUAUGACCCAAACUCUGCUGCAAGAGUGAUGUUCAAUAACAUGCACUACAACCUGCCACCCUGGUCCAUCAGCAUCCUUCCAGAUUGCAGAAAUAUGGUCUUUAACACUGCAAAAGUUGGAGUUCAGACAUCACAGAUGCAAAUGUUGCCCAGCAACUCUGAGUUGUUCUCCUGGGAGACAUAUGAUGAAGAUGUCUCUUCACUGGAAGACAAUUCAAUGAUCACUUCAGUUGGUCUAUUGGAGCAGAUAAAUGUUACCCGGGAUACCAGUGACUAUCUGUGGUACAUAACUAGUGUUGACAUUAGUUCAUCAGAAUCAUUUUUACGUGGAGGACAAAGCCCCACUCUUAUUGUGGAGUCAACUGGCCAUGCUUUGCAUGUCUUUAUCAAUGGACAACUUUCAGGAUCUGCCUCUGGAACAAGGGAAAACAGGAGGUUUAUGUUUACAGGAAAGGUCAACCUGCGGGCCGGAAUCAAUAAAAUUGCUCUCCUCAGCAUAGCGGUUGGAUUGCCGAAUGUUGGAACACAUUUUGAAGCGUGGAAAACAGGAAUUCUGGGUCCAGUUGUGCUACAUGGCCUCGACCAGGGAAAAAUGGAUUUGACCUGGCAGAAAUGGUCUUACCAGGUUGGCCUGAAGGGAGAGGCCAUGAAUCUUGUCUCCCCCAAUGGGAUUUCAUCUGUUGAUUGGAUGCAAGGGUCAUUAGUUGUGCAGAAACAGCAGCCAUUGACAUGGUAUAAGGCUUAUUUUAAUGCACCUGAAGGAGAUGAGCCAUUGGCCUUGGACAUGAGUAGCAUGGGAAAGGGUCAAGUAUGGAUCAAUGGGCAAAGCAUUGGAAGAUAUUGGACCAUCUAUGCAAAUGGUAAUUGCAAUGGGUGUAGUUAUUCCGGAACAUUCAGACCUCCCAAGUGUCAAAUUGGUUGUGGUCAACCAACCCAACGAUGGUAUCAUGUGCCUAGGUCUUGGUUGAAACCAACACAGAAUCUUCUGGUAGUUUUUGAGGAAAUUGGUGGUGAUGCAUCAGGAAUUUCUCUUGUAAAAAGAUCAGUAAGCAGUGUUUGUGCCGAUGUCUCUGAGUGGCAUCCAAACAUAAAGAAUUGGCAAAUUGAGAGCUAUGGCAGAACUCAAGAGUUCCACAGGCCCAAGGUUCACUUGCGGUGUGCUCCGGGACAGUCCAUCUCUGCCAUUAAAUUUGCAAGCUUUGGUACCCCUUUGGGAACUUGUGGAAGCUUCCAGCAAGGAAUUUGCCAUGCUCCAACCUCAUACUCCGUCUUAGAGGAGAGGUGCGUAGGGCAGGAGAGAUGUUCUGUAACCAUAUCUAACAGAAACUUCGGGGCAGACCCAUGUCCAAAUGUGUUGAAACGAUUAACAGUGGAGGCUAUUUGUGCACCUGCAACUACUACAACAGCCCGACCCAAUUGGAGGGGUUGAAAAGGACAAAGGUAGGAGGGAAGAAAGGACCCUCCAUAUAUAGGACAUCAUAUGGAAUGGUUUUCUAUCGACUGUAUACUAGCAGCAAAGGAAGAAGCAACGAGUGAAGGUAAAGAAAUAAAAGAGAAAAGUACAGGAAAAGAGCUUUUUAAUUUGAUCCGAGGAACAUGGAUUUGCAGUUAUCAAUUGUGUAGAGUUGUUAGGGUGUCUCCUUCAGGAUUGUUUUAUUAAUUUAUGGGUUAGCAUGUUUCUGUAUAAUAGUGGUUGUAGAUUUGUGAGGGCACAGGCCCAAGAAUUUAGUAAUAUGGGAUCUGUGAUGAAUGCCAAACCCGGUCCCCGGACUUUUAACCGGAAGAUGGACUGGGAAAUGGGUUUCCUUCAACGGCCAUGAUGAAUAAUCCGUGUUGAUGUGAUUGUAUUAGUGGGGAAAGUGAAACCCCAAUUAUGGAUUGUUCUGGGAAUAGAUCCCAGUAUGAGUGAUGUUUGAUGUGAAAUUUUCUUAUGGAAACAAGUGGGAAAUCAAGGAUUCCCAUUAAAUUCAA